GGCCGCGCCCUGUUCCCGCCUCCCCAGUUAAGGCCGCUGGUGUGAGCCGGGGCUCCGCGCGACUGAGGGACGACGGAAGGGACCGGCAGGUGUGGGCGCGAGGCCGCGUAGCCCGACGGCGGGAGUCGCAGGCGCGCGGCGCAUGGGCCGGUGAGGACGCUCCGAAGUCCCCUCGCGGCGCGCUGAGGAGGAACAGCGCGGGAGCGAGGCGCUGCCCGGCGACCCCCGCGUCCGAGCGAGCGGAACCUCGCGCUUCGCCCGGGGACAGUCCGAAGUCCGCGCUAUGGAAGAAGAGAAAUAUUUGCCUGAGCUGAUGGCAGAGAAAGAUAGCCUGGAUCCAUCUUUUGUGCACGCGUCGCGCCUUUUGGCGGAAGAAAUUGAAAAAUUUCAAGGUUCUGAUGGAAAAAAGGAAGAUGAAGAAAAGAAAUACCUUGAUGUCAUCAGCAACAAAAACAUAAAGCUCUCAGAAAGAGUACUGAUUCCUGUCAAACAAUAUCCAAAGUUCAAUUUUGUGGGGAAAUUGCUUGGACCAAGAGGAAACUCCUUGAAGAGGCUACAGGAAGAAACAGGUGCUAAAAUGUCUAUCCUGGGAAAAGGAUCAAUGAGAGAUAAAGCAAAGGAAGAAGAACUAAGGAAGAGUGGGGAAGCCAAAUAUGCCCACUUGAGUGAUGAACUUCAUGUAUUAAUUGAAGUGUUCGCUCCACCUGGGGAAGCUUAUUCACGCAUGAGUCAUGCAUUGGAAGAAAUUAAAAAGUUCCUGGUUCCUGACUACAAUGAUGAAAUUCGUCAGGAACAACUACGUGAAUUAUCUUACUUAAAUGGCUCAGAGGACUCUGGUCGUGGCAGAGGUAUUAGAGGCAGAGGGAUCAGAAUAGCUCCCACAGCUCCUUCAAGGGGCCGUGGGGGUGCCAUUCCUCCUCCCCCACCACCUGGACGGGGUGUUCUCACCCCUCGAGGAACCACUGUGACCCGCGGAGCUCUUCCAGUGCCCCCUGUAGCAAGAGGUGUCCCUACCCCUCGAGCCCGGGGGGCACCCACAGUGCCAGGAUAUAGGCCACCCCCUCCUCCAGCCCACGAGGCUUAUGAAGAAUAUGGGUACGAUGAUGGCUAUGGGGGUGAAUAUGAGGACCCGACCUAUGAGGCUUAUGAUAAUAGCUAUGCGACCCAAACGCAAAGUGUGCCUGAGUACUAUGACUACGGUCAUGGAGUAAGUGAGGAUGCCUAUGACAGCUACGCACCAGAAGAAUGGGCCACAACCCGCUCUAGCUUGAAGGCACCACCGCCGAGGUCAGCCAGAGGGGGAUACAGGGAACACCCCUAUGGUAGAUAUUGAAGGUCCUCCUCAACUGUGACCUCACCUCAAAGACAAUUCAUAGCCUGUGGUCUCCACAUAAACAGCAACAAGACAAGUACCUACAAGCAAAGAAAGAUUAUUGAAUAACAGAUGUGAUGGUCUAAGGAUGAAGGUGAAGACGCACGAUAGCAAAAACAAAAGCUGAAAUAAAUCUUACACUGGCUGUUUGGAGAUUCAGUGUUUUUAACAAUGGAGGUAAGUCCCCUCAUCCACUUGUGAUUUCAUUUAUGAACUCUGCUUACAAAACACAGCACACUUCAUUAUGGGCGUGAACAGAAAUGUUUAAAUGGCUGAAGCAGCCCUUUGCAUCAGAUGGAAAAUAAGUGGAACAUUAAAUUCAUAUGAAAUAAGUGCGAAACUCUUGGGUUUUAUUCUACAUCGUAGCAGCAUAGCAAUAAUGUGUUGAUUCUCAUACGCACAUGAUUUUUAUAUGUCUUAUAUCACUAGAACUUGAGAUUAUGAAUUUCUGUAUUGCAGAGUAAAAAUCAAAACAAAAAUCAAUAAGGAAAUAUAUUUUACUGAGAGAAUAUGAUGUUCAUAAAGAGAGUAGGGUUACCAAAAGUUUCUGUGGAGAAGAAACGUCACCCACCAUACAUGAUGGAUUCUUAUAGAGCCUUCGUCUGAAGUGUUACUGUAGUCAUUCUUCCAAGUGUCACCUUUUUGUAUUAGAGAGAAAGUUCAAUUUUAUUGGAGAGGGCCAAUACAUAGAGGGUUCAAAUAAAUGUUUGUAGAAUGAAAUGGGAUGGAAUGGAGUAGAGUGGAAUAGAACCCAAUAGAAUAAAAUUGUUCCCUCCCGAAGUUCUAAUUUUUUUCUAAAACAAAAGGAAAAAAUAAAUGUAUCCCUGAAUGGAUGAUCAGCGAUAUCAAUGAUUCAAUAGGGAAGUUUUCAUUUUCUUCUUUAUACAUCCUUAUAUUAAAGAAUAACUUAUUUAGAGAGCAUAAAUUUAGUGUAUGUGUUUGUUUAAUGAGAUAGAAACUUGUAUAAGAUAUUUCAGAAAGUUGUUCUUAAAAGUACUUAAAUAAAAAAAAAUUGGUAAUGAAAGUACAUUUCCCAGAAAGAUCUUUAAAAAGAAUUGAAAUAAGUUAUAAAUACUGUAGAAACAUCAUGCCCCCUUCUGUUUUUUUCUCAGAGAAGUUCGGAAGAAAACAGCACCUAAUUUUUGUUUCCAUCUUGAAUCUGACUCAUACUUAACAUCUUUUCGAACUCUUUCCAUAGAGUUCUUUGUAAAUAUCCUGCACAACGUAACACUCCCUUAGGAAUUUUCUUGAAGCUAGAAAAUAUAUUGUAAUUGUGACCAUGUGUCUUGGUUUACACCUAUUGUUCCAGUAUAAUUAUCACUACCACUACCGUUCUCUCUCAGAGGUGUCCUGGUAUGGCUGAAAUAUUAUAGUAACUUUAACUAUAAAUAAUAAUAAACUGUUAAUAUUGUAAUAAUAAAAAUAUCUUUAUUGGAAGCUUGCUAUUUGUCAGAGACUUUGCAGUGCUUUCACAUAUAAUGAAUUCUUUACAAUAACCCAAUGAGGCAAGUAUUUUAUUGCCCCCAGUUUAUAGUUGAGAAAACAAAGAGUUAGAGAGGUAAAAUAGCAUGGCCUAUUCUCAUAGUGGGCAAACCCCAAUCCAGACUGUGGUCGGACUCUGCAUCAAUAUACGCCCGAAGAUCGUUAUACAUACCAUCUUCCUAUUUGCUUGUCAAUAUAAUGAACUUUUGUUUUUAUUAACACAUUCAAAGAUUAUGAAUAGUUCUAAUAUAUUACUCUUCCUAGCUGUUAUAACUAUAUUCUUAUAAAGACAGUGCAUUUUAAGAGGCAGAAAAAGAGUACUGAACUGAACUAAAACUCGGGAUAUUUUAGUUCAGGAUAUUAACAGUACUAUGUAAAUGAUAAAAACUAUGAUUUCCUGAGUGACUAGUGUAUGCCAGGCAUCAUACUUGGGAUUUUCCCUGUGUUAUAUCUUUGUCCCUUAAAACAGUUCUGCAAAGCAGAAUAUUUGAACCCUGUGAAUGUGUAUGAAUUGCUUUAGCUAUUAGCUCUAAAUUGGCUCAUAGGUUAAAAAUGAACAUUGGAGGAUUAAAUCCUUUCAACAGGCCUCUCCAGCUCUGACAUUCUGUGCCUAGAUGUCUCACUGAUUAUCAGGAUAUAAGACACAGAAGCUGGAUGCAAAGAAAAAUUCUUGGGGACAAAGGGACUUCCUUAAUACCCCAUAUUUAUGUUAACUAUUAUGCAUUGAGAUCUUAAUACUGGCAUGCACUUAACGUACUUUUAAAUCUUUUUGUUAUCCCUGUUUUUCUUCUUACCAUAGGCCAAAUAAGAAGAGAAUCUGGGUUUGAACCAAUAUUUUCUUCACAGAUUUCCUCCACAGGCUUGCUUCACCACUAAACAUCCAAGCCUAACACAGAACCUGACACAGAGUAGGUACUCAGAAAUAUUUGUUGAAUAAAUAAAAGGUGAAUGAAUGAAUCUAUGAAAGCAAAGAAUACUUUCCAAUCAUUAAUUACAUUAGACCUUAAGUUUUACUGAACAAAAAGUGUAGAGAGGAGGUAACUAGAAGGAACAAAAAGAAAAGGAGUCAAUUUUCUUUUCUCUACUCGAGAAUUUCAUAGGUUUAUUAUCUGUCUCCUCCCACAAAGAGGCUCCCAGAGUUCUCGGUUUGUUUUUACCUGGAGAGGGAAAGGGGAAGACAAGAAAAUCUCUGCUGUCCAUUGUUGGUGCUACCCACUAAUAAAAACUACAAAUAUUUUAAUUAAAAAGCAAAAAGUCUAAUAGGACAUGGAAUAUUCUUACAUUUACUGUUGAAACCUCCUGUUUCUACUCUGCCAGCACAAUCCUGAUAUGUUUAGAAUAUACACUCUUUUUUCCUAACUAAAAAAUUCUGAUGACUAAAAAGACAGAGUGGGGCAUAAUUACAGGAAUACCCAGUAGAGUGUCAUGAUUAACGACAAGGACCGUGAGCCAGACUGCCUGAUUUCAAAUCGUAGCCCACUGUUUUGUAGCUGUGAGCUCAUAGUCAAGUUAGGUAACCUUGCUUUGCUUCUGUUUCUCAUAUGUAAAAUGGAGAUCAUUAUAGUACGGGAUGAGCAUCCCUAAUUCAAAUUCAUCCCUAAUCCAGAUUACUCCAAAAUCUGAAACUUUUUAAGCACCCACAUAAUACCACAAGUGAAAAAUUUCACACCUGACCUCGUGUGACAGGUCACAGUCAAAAUGCAGGUGUAUAACAAAAAGUUUAUUCAGAGUCCCAAGGGAAAAAUAAAAUUACCUUCAGGAUAUGUGUAUAAGGUGUGUAAAAAUAAAUUUUGUGUUCAGACUUAGGUUUCAAGCCCAAGAUAUCUCAUCAUGUAUAUUCAAAUAUUCCAAAAUCUAAAAAAAUCUGGGAUCCAAAAUACUUCUGUCCCCAAGCAUUUUGAAUAAGAGACACUGAACCUGUACCUAACUCAUAGGGAUUCUUUUUAGGAUUAAAUAAGUUAGAACAUGCAAAGCCCUGAUAAUAAUGCCUGGCACAUAGGAAACAAUAAAUGUACACCAAUCAUACUUUUUGUAUUAUUAUUUUUGCCACCUCCAAAUUUCCAUUAAGACUGAGAAAGAAAAAAAAUAGAGGGAGAAUGCACAAAUAAGUAAUAGAAUGAAAAUGCAGCAUGGCCACAGAUUCAUUACAAACGUAAAAAGCACGAUAGAAAGUCAGGAUUCUUAGAUAUUGUUAUGUCCCCUUGAAAACAGUUUUUCUUUUUGAUUCUUACCCUCGAUAGAAAAUGUUUCUUCGUAUAUCUUUUAAACACCUAAUGAUGAAGAUUACUCUUGUUUUAUCUUCUUUCAUCUAAAAUAUUUGGAGGACAGCUGAUUACAGUCAACUUUUUAGGACUCCUCCCCAAAGAAUCUCAACUGAUUUAACUCAACGACUUUCAAAGGUAUUCAUUCAAAGGCUAUUCAUAUUCCCCAUAGCUGCUUGAAUUCCUUUGCCUCAUCAUAAAAGCAUUAUUAAGUGUUUCAUAUUGUUUUACUGUACAGCAUAAUAUAAUAACAUCUUUAGCUCUUGAAAAAACAAAGAGACCAUGCUCUUAUUCACUUAUUUAUUCCUUGUGAAUGUAUGCAUGUAUAUCAUUUAACAGAUAUUUAGAUUCUAUUAUGGGCCAGGCACUGCACUAGAUAUCUUUUAAUAAAAACCCCAAAAGCAGUUAACAAGAUAGACAAAGUCUCUGCUUUCAUGAAGCCUAGAAUCUAGAGAGGCUUUGGAGCAAUAAACAAAACAAGUAAUAUUUCAAUUACAAAUUGAGAUCAUUGUUAUGCCAGAAAUACAUGGAGAGCUUGAGAGAGAGUAAUGGGGGUGGGAGGUGGAGAGGUUGAGGGAAAUAUUAGACAGGCCGAUCACAGAGAGCCUGUCUAAUAGGCAAGGGACGUGAAAGCAACAUCCGAAGAAAGAAAAGGAACAUACCAUACAAAUUGCAGAGAGAGGAACACAUCGCAGGCAGAAAGAACCGCAGAGGCGUGGUGCGGAAAAGAACAUGCACAGGUCACUGAAUCUGUCGCUGGACACUGGCGAGCAAUAGGGCUACCUGCGUGAGAAGAGCUAGGGUCAGAUCAUGCAGAGUUUUCCGACUGGGAUGUUCUCAGUGUGCAACAGGGAACUGUUGCAAGGUAUUAAACAAGGAGCUAGCAUGAUCUGAUGCAUGUUUCAAAAAAUGACCCUGCUUGUUGUAUGGAGAACCUAUGGGAAGGGGAUAUGAGUAAAAUGAGAAGAUAACCUAACAGAAUAUUGACAGAUAAUUUGUAGCUCAGACUUAAAUCUUAGCAGUGGAGCUGGGGAGAACCGGAUAUGAGAGAGAGUUGGGAGAUACAAGUGACAGAAAUCCAUGAUGGAUUGGAUUGAAUUGGAUUGGAAAGGGAGGAACCAUGUAUGACACUUAAGUUUCUGCCUCAAGUAUUAGAUGAUAGUUCUAUUCACUAAGAAGAAAAAACUGGGGAAGUACCAGAAGUUCAGUCUUGACCAGGUUAAUUUCGUGAUACUUAUGGGACACCGCAGUGGAGAUGUUAAAUAGGCAUUUGAUUAUACUGAUGAGAAGCUGUUAUACAAAUGAGCUAAAGAUGGCCUCUGUGUAUUGGCCCCUAGGUUGUUUAUUUCUUCGCUGCAGGCUGAGACUCAAAAGCCCACCAGGGGAGAAAAUCAAAUGUUUGCACAUGCAUUCAUUUUUUUUUCAAAUUGGCUAUACAAGCAAAUUUUUCGACAUUUAAAAUCUGCCUGUUUUUCAUACCCCACCAAACCUCACCCCACAUCUGCUAGCAAUAGAUAAACCCUGUGGGUCAUAAAGACUCAAGCUGCUAACUUCCCUUUAGAGCUUUUACCCAGACACCCCCCCACUCCACAUCAUGCUACUGAGGCACAUUGCCUAGACGCAAAACCCUCCUCUCUCCUAGUGGUUUCCUUGCCCUUCUCCCCUUCUGAGUAGUGACCUUGACCCUUAACCUCUGGACAGACUCCUGCUGUGAGGGACUUCCUCCUAACCAGAACCUGUCAAAGUAGCCCGGCAAAGCUCGUGUGUGCUACUGCCACCUUGUGGUCAUAUCUUUUUCCUUGAUCAGUACCAAAUCCCUCAAACCCGCUACAGAAGAAGCUCAAAGAAAAGUUUUGCCCUCCAUAGGUCUGUCUGGAAGUAAUAAGCAUAGAGAUGGCACUAAGGCCAUGAGAAUCAAGGACACUACUUCAGGAGAAGUGUCUAGAAAUACUAGAUCUGAAGAGAUACAAAAGUUGAGAUAUGGUAAAGACGAAAAACAUGCAAGUAUAAACACUUGGUCAAUUCCUAGUCAAAUUCUUUCACUUAGGCAACACAUUGGCUCCUUUAAGAUAAAAAAUGUCUCCUUCUCUCCCACUCCUCUCUGCCCCUGUGGUUUUUCUAUGUAAUUGCUUUGCCACAUAUUAUCGCAAGUAUCUGAUUAUCAGUCUGUCUCCACAUGACGCUAUCCUUGAAGGCACAACGUGUGUUCAUCUCUAAAUUCCAGGCAUCUAGCACGGCACUGGACAUGGAGUCCAAAAUAAACAUUUUCUGACUGAAUAAACAAAUGAAUGGGUGAAUAGGCAAUCUGAACAUAGUAGAACGAAUGUAGAAAUGAGUAAUGAUGAUGAUGUGGUAAUGGAAGAUUCCAAGUGGCUGUGGAAGGUUAGGACAUCUUUUGUUUUCAUGAUGAUGGUGUUUCUGACUAUCCAUUCCUCCUUCUCAGUCUGAAGUUAGAUUCUAGUCUUACCCUAAAUAAAGACAUGGAUACGUUGGGCUCACGGGUACUGUACCACAGGGACUACGUACAGAGAUAAUGGGAUAAUAUGAAAAUAUUUCACACAAUUAGAAAGGCAGCUAAUUCCAUAAAAACUCAGGAAGUCAUAAUACUGAG